CACUCACCCACCCAAACACCACAAACCCAAAAACCCAAAUCAACCCAAUCAAGCUACCCAGCCAUGGCCGCCGCCGCCGCCGCCUCGAAGAUCGACAGUUCCCCGGCCGCGGCCGUCCUGCUCAUGAUCACAGCACUGGCAACAAUUGGGUGCGCGAACGGGCAGGAGUGCGCGGGGGACAUGCAAGGCGUGAUCGUGGAGUGCGCCCGGUUCGUCCAGAAGACCGGACCGGUCACGAACCCAUCGCCGCAGUGCUGCAGCGCCCUCAGGACGCUGGACAUCCCUUGCCUCUGCUCCCGGGUCCCACCCGAGCUCACCGCCAUCGUCGACAUGAACAAGGUCUUCCACGUGGCGUCCUUCUGCGCCAUCCACCUCCCCGCCGGCACCAAAUGCGGAGCUUUCGCAGUUCCGCCGGCCGCUGCUUGAGAGAGAGACGGCUAUUAUGUGGUUCGAUGCCCGACGACGACGAAUAAUAAUGAAUGGGCUGUCAGUUAUGUGUCAUAGAUAUAGCAUGUGACAACAAAGACAAUUUGAAAUUGAUGGAAGCUAUAUAUGAUUUUUGUCUUGGUAGCAUUGUGGAGGAUUUUCUUAAUUCAGAGAUGAGCU